GUUUUUACUGUCGCUUUAUAAGUGACAGUGCGCGACCGUAAACACGACGUUUUCCUGGUCUUCGUCUUUUCACUACAGACCAAGAGUUCCCGUUUGCUUCAGUUUAAGGCUUUGGAGUUUGAGUAUUUCAUACGAUACGUGUUGACACUGCAGCGUCAAGAUGUCGUACAUGCUACCGCAUCUCCACAACGGCUGGCAGGUCGACCAAGCCAUUCUAUCCGAGGAGGACAGAGCCCUGGUCAUUAGGUUUGGACACGAUUGGGACCCAACAUGUAUGAAAAUGGACGAAGUAUUGUACAGUAUAGCUGAAAAGGUGAAGAACUUUGCAGUCAUCUAUUUGGUGGACAUCACAGAGGUGCCGGACUUCAACAAGAUGUACGAGUUGUAUGAUCCUUGCACCGUCAUGUUCUUCUUCAGGAACAAGCACAUCAUGAUAGAUUUGGGGACUGGUAACAACAACAAGAUCAACUGGACGAUGGAGGACAAGCAGGAGAUGAUUGACAUUGUUGAGACCGUUUACCGAGGGGCAAGAAAAGGACGAGGUCUGGUCGUAUCUCCUAAGGACUACUCCACAAAAUACAGAUACUGAUUGGUUCUUCCCUUUCCAUUGCUUUGUGUGAAGCCCAAUGGGAGCAAAUCUGUCCUUUCAUUGUGUGACUUUCUAGACAGCUGGACUACAAAAAGGCUCAGAUGGAGGUGUCCUGCUUUCUAUUUUAUUUUUUUAUAAAUCAUGUUACAGCCAUGUCAUAUUUUUUCAACAACAGUUAUGAAAACCACCAUUUAGUUAUUUGAUUUAAUAAAUGUCAUGUUCAUAUUUGAUGUUAUCACUUCAUAGGCCAGUUUCCUAGAAUAAGGCUAGUCCUUUAUUAAAAAUAAUUAUCAAUGAAAAAUCUCCAUUGAAUGUGUUUUUUUUUCUUUCAAGACAGGGCAUCACCCACCACCCCUCUGAGCUGCAGGCAGUUUGCAUGUUUAAAACAUACUUAAUUUUUGUAGAACUGGAUGUUUUACCUGAUAUUGAGGCAUUGCUUAGUAGCCAUGCCAAAAUCCGACCAUUGGAAUUAUUUUAUAAAGGCUUACUCAUUGAAACCAG